GGGCAUCGCGGGGAAGGACCUGGCCGACGGCAACCCCACGCUGACGCUGGCCCUCAUCUGGCAGCUGAUGCGCGCCUACACCCUCUCCAUCCUCACGCAACUCGCCGACUCGGGCUCGCCCAUCGUGGAGGCCGAGAUCAUUACGUACGUCAACGCGAAGCUGCAGCAGGCGGGGAAGAAGUCGUCCCUACGGAGCUUCCAGGACGGGAGCCUCAGGGACGCGAUGGCCGUGAUCGAUCUGGUCGAUGCCAUUAACCCCGGGACGGUGAAUUACGAUAAUGUCAGGACGGGCGGGCAGGAGGAGGACAACAUCGCCAACGCCAAGUACGCGAUCUCCAUGGCCAGGAAGAUCGGCGCGCGCAUCUACGCCCUCCCCGAGGACAUCACGGAAGUCAAGCCGAAGAUGAUCAUGACGGUGUUUGCCUGCCUCAUGGCUCGGGACUACAUCCCCAGCAUGGAUGCCAAGAAGAACUAGGGAGAGGAGGAGGAGGAGAGGAAGGAGGAUGAGGAGAGGAGAGAAGAGGAGGAAGAG